AUUUCCUGGUGUACUAACCGCCGUGGUAGAUACUCGCGUGGCGCGCCCGCCUUUCAUUCAUUCAUCCUCUGAAACCAGACCCGGACCAGUCCACGUUCAGACCCGCUCCGACUCCAGGUGAGUUUUGUCCACCUUUUAAUUGUCAGUUCGACCUUAAAUCAGUGAUUUCCUGGAGGACGUCUGAACGGUUCAUCACUCUAAAGUUUACCUCCUGUCCUGUCAGUCUGACUUUGAAACAGUGACGCACGUUGUGCCUAAAAAGGCGCGUUAAUUCAAUAUUUAUAAACGCACCAAAACUGUUCAGUUGAUUAUUGUCAUACCUCGUUAUAAACCGGACUUCUUGACAUUUAGACUGCUUUACUGUACUGUACUCUAAGACUCACCUGUCGAUGAAGUCAAAAGUAUUUUAUUGUGUAUUUAUAGGACGUACAUAGUGCAUGCUGUUGCAGGCGGGAAAUGUGUUUACUAGUGUGUGGUGUUAUCAGAUCCUUUGUUCCCAUAUCCAUCAAUAAGAAAAUGAAAUAGUUUGCUGAAUUAUAGGCAAAAGACAAAAACUAGAAUAAAUAGCAAGUCUUAAUGGCAUAAUGUACCUAAUUAAUAAGAAUCAAAUGUGUGUUUGGUUAGAGAGUCGUCCCGUUUUGCUUUGUUGAAUAAUUCAAAAAUGUUUUUUCAUUUUUUAAUGUUAAUUUCUACCUUAAAUUAGAGCCAUUUGUGUAAACUUAUACUUUGUUUAGGUGUUCAAGGACACUAAAUAGAGGUACAAUUUAGAUGCAGAAAUCAAAAUACUAUGAUUAAUGUCACUAUAUUUAAAAUUGUACUAUUAGUAUCAUAAAAAAUAAAUAUAUAUGAGCAAUAAAGGUCUGCAUUAAAAUGACCCCAGAGCAAAGAAGAUAAAGGGUAUUUUUUUAUCAUCAUCUAAACAUCUUAAAAAGUAAACUGGGUCAAAUUAUCAAAACAAAGGAGUAAAAACUUCCUGCCUAUUUCAUCAGACGGCGGGAAAACAGGCCCAAUAAAGUCAUAGUAAUCUGCAAUCCAUGAGUCACUUCCUGUCACUUUCUAUUGAAUAAACACCUUGUGCACAUGAAAAGUCAAGCACGUGUGAAUAAUGUAACAACUGUUCUUUAGCUGUUAAUCCUGGUCUGUCACUUUCUUUCUUUCAUUCAUCUCAAACUAAAAGAACAACAACAACAAAAAAAAACUAAAAUCAAAAACAUCAAACAAGAUAAUACAUGUGUACACUAAACAACUGUACAUGUCAAAGAUAAAUUUACAAUCACAUAUGUCAAAAACGAACAGUUUGAGAAGGAAUGAAGCAAAGAGCUCAUCUAGUCCUGCCUCUUCCUUGCAAAUCAAAUCUGAAUAAUGAAUGAAAUAAAAAACUAAUUGUACAAAUUACAAAGAUCUGUAUAUAUAUCCACAUAUUAGACAAAGUUAUCUGCUCCGAACUAAAUUGUAUGUUACUCAAUAUAACUAUUCGCAUAUAUUAUUAAUAAUAAUAAUCAGUGUUACGAUAUUCAGAAUUAAUAUUACUUCAAUGCAAUCAAGUUAAUUUGGCAUAAAACCUUUAAUUUCUCUCAGGAAACCUUCCCAAAAGAAUAAACAAAGUCUAAUCUAAUCUUUACCUUCUUAACAUAUGGACUUAAAAACAUUAGGACUGUAAUCUUUUAACAAUGACUCACAGUGAAUCAUCCAACUGUUAUGGCUGUGUUCUUACAUUAUCAUCCCAUAAAUCUAAACUCUAAGUCCUAAAUUGCUGUUUUCUUGUCAAAAUCAUCCUAAAAUAAGAGACGAUCAUUUUGCCAUGCCUUCUUAUGUAACAACACUCUGAAUGGACACACCCAUAGCUCACCUUUACUGUAUUUGAUCACAUAUUUAUUCUGAGUCUUCCUUGACUUGUUCACAGAAACGCAGCAGAAACAACAGGAUGUCAAGCGAAAAGGAGCAGACUCCCCCUGCUGACCAGUGUGUAUAGAUUUACAGAUUUGAACAUUUAGUAUGAAAAAAUAUGCUGUUGGUGUGAGAAUGCCUUUUUAAAAUGAUUUUUCUUAACAGUUGCCAUGCUGUUGGCCUCAUCAUCUUCAUCCUUGGUGUGGGAACUCUGCUGCCCUGGAACUUCUUCAUGACAGCCUCUCAGGUUUCACUUCUUCAUUUGCUUCCUUAUUUCAUGAUUAAAAAGUCAUCCCAUGUAUAAAAACUGAUGAAUCACGUGUUCUGGUACACUUCUGCUGGGUUUCCACCAAACGAUUUUCACAGUCCCAGACUAAAAAACUGAAAGUCUUAAGUAAAUCUAGGAGUUUUACUGGAGUCACAGCACGCUCUCAUCAUCUCUAUGGUUAGAUUUAAAAUGGUAAUUUACGCUGUUUUAUAUCAGUCUUUUCCUAGUCUUGGGUUUGCAAUAAUGUCAAAUGUGUUUGAUAUUAUCGCAAAUCGCAGUGACUUAACACAACCAGCAACCAGUAAAUGAGCUCUCAUCACUUUCACUUCAAACAACAGCAUCACUUCAAGGCUGCAGGGUACACUCCAGACCACAACUGUUACCAAGCUCUCUGUUGUGUGCACUCUCAGAUAAAUCUUUUAUUGACAUUGUGGAUAUCAAUAGUAAUCGUCUACACUACAAUAUUGAGGCAACUAUUUAAAUUUGAUACAAUUCAACACAUUUAUGCCGACAUCCUGCUGGUUAAGCAGCAGUCUGGUCUGAAUCAAUCACUGUGAAUCCCAAUGGUUGUGUUGAAAUUCUCUCACACAAUGACUGUAGGAGAGAUGCGUUUAAAACCAGGUCUAAACAGGCUCAAAGUCCCUCCUGACUCGCUAACACAGCUGCUAUUUGAACAUGAUGAAAUGUUGGUCGGGUUUCUCCUCUUAGUACUUCAAUGGACGCCUGAAUGACGCCAACAUCACGGAGAAUGGGAUGACUAAAGACUACAACUAUGACAGCUGGAUGGCCUUGCUUUCCCAGCUGCCCCUGCUGAUGUUCACCCUGCUCAACUCUUUCCUCUAUCAGUGGUGAGUGGAUAACUUUGCACAAAAUUAAACAGAAACUAAAAUCUCAAACACGAAGAAGUGAGGUUUUAUUGGAUGGCAGAGAUAUGGUGACACAGUAGGGGUCAAAAUCAAAGAAUUAUGACGUCACAUUUCUCUAAUUAACUCAGCAGAUUGAUCCUGGUGUAACUCAAUCAUAAAUGGAUGGAUAAAUGAGAUGUAUUUCUAUCUGCAGGGUGAAGGAACGUUUCCGUGUGGCCUUCAGCCUUGUCCUCAUCUUCGUCCUCUUCUCCCUCACCGCUGCUCUGGUCCAGGUCCCCAUGAAGCCAGACACCUUCUUCUCUGUCACCAUGGCAACCAUCUGGUUCAUCAACAGUAAGUCACAUUGUCCGUCUAAAAAUCAGUUCCAAAUCAAGACUGAUUCCACCUCGUUUGACAUCAUUUGACUUGAUGUUUAGCUGUUCCUUUAUCGAUGCCUUCCAGCUGAACAUGUUUUACUAAACACAAAAGAAUAAACAGAUCAGCUGACUUUUAAAGGCCGAAGUUAUCUGUGUAUCACAGUUUGAAUCUUCUUAAUUUAUACACGUUUUGUGUUUGUGUGUGGACAGUGUGUAGUGCAGUGCUGCAGGGCAGUCUGUUCGGCGUGGUCGGUCUGUUUCCUCCUCGGUACAGCACGCUGUUCAUGAGCGGUCAGGGACUGGCGGGGAUCUUCGCUGCUCUCGCCAUGCUCCUCUCCAUACUAAGUCAGUUUAAUUACAGUUCAUAAUAAUCGACUGAUAACCAUAAGUUAUUAUGAUCUCACUUGUUAUAAAUCUGUCUGUUUAUCUCUGCAGGUAAUGCAGAUAAAAACGCUGCUGCUUUGGGAUAUUUCAUCACUCCCUGUGUGGCCACUCUGGGGACUCUGCUGUGUUACCUGAUGCUGCCACAUCUGGUAAGAAGACACACUGGAACCACUGACUGUGUACAGACAAGACGUUGUGCAUUUAUUUGUCACCAGAGCUGUCAGUCACGACAUUACAUCUGCACUUUUUAAAACUAAAGAAUAAUUCAAACUAAACUUGUCACAUAAAUGAACAUUUAGGCAUGAAUCAACGUGGUAACAGCAAAAUUUAAUGACAGAAUAAAGAUUUAACAUGUAUUUUAAUUAAACAGUGUGACUCAUGUUUCAUAUGUUAACUUAAAGGAGGUGGGGUUUAUGACCUUUACCAAAGCCAGCCAGCAGAGGGAGCUCUAAAUCUUUUGGCUUCACAGUCAGUGAACACAGGUGGCAACUGUGACAAAAACACCCAGAAGGAGGCACUGUGAAUGUAAUAUCAACAAACUCUGAGGAGGAAAAGGGGCAAAUUGUUACAUUUGGGGAGAAAUGCUAUGAAACAUUUGUAACAGAAGUCCUUUUGAAAUGCUUUGUGUACCAAAAUAAAUGAGUGAAACAUAUGAGAAUCUCACAGAGUUCCUAAGGUGUUUAAAGACAACUCCCUGUCUAAUUUAAUCUUUAUAUCAAUAAUGCAUUAACAUUUUAUUUGAGUACUUCGGGGCCUGUGAAGAACCAAACUCUGACAGGUGUGUUUCCGUUUUGCAGAAAUUUGCUCGUUUCUACCUAAACAGAAGUCAGACUGAUGGUCUGGAGACGGCCCUGACACUCCUCAAUGACACAGGUACCUGCUUGUUAGCAACAUGCUAAUGCUAUGUCUUUGAUGAAGCUUGAAUAACAGUCUUUAUGAAACAAAUGAAACAUGACUUCUAAUAACCAUGCCAGCUUUCUACUCUAAAGCUAAUCUUUUUUCUGGCCGCAGUUAGCUAGCAGUGACAGGGCAUGAAUAUAUAGAGAUCCUUUAAACUGUUCAAAGUUCAAAUGAUCACAUUAUGAGCUUGCUUAGUGAAACAUCUUUGUUUAUUUUUCAUAGUGGAGAAAUCACCAAACCAAAACUCUAAAGAGGUAAUGGCCAAAGAGACAAAUCAGCAGCGUUCGUCAGUCCUGGCUGUCUUCAAAAAGGUAAAAAAAAAUUCUCCUAUUUGAUCACAUUUUCCUUUUUUCAUGCAUUUAAUUUCACAUAUAGUAUAAAUAAUUUUUUUGUUUACCUAAAUCUACAGAUUUGGCUGAUGGCAUUUUGUGUGACGUGUGUAUUUGCCGUUACUCUGUCGGUGUUUCCUGUGAUCACAGUCCGUGUUCAGACGAUCUACACCGAGAACGAAGCCUGGAGUGAGAAAUCUUUUUCUAUGAAGUCUAUUAAUUUUAUCACAUGUAAAAAAAACUACUGUCAACUUUGAAGUCAGCUGUUUUUCUAAUCUGUUUUGUCGUUGAGACUGUUUGCAUUGAGGGAAAGGUAGAGAGUAAAAAGACACAAAAUAGACUAAAAUUUACCAAAAGUUUUUAGAUUCCUGAAAAGUUCCCUCAAUAUCAAUAAAAAUUUUCUCAGUAUAAUUGAAGGUUUCUUUGGAUCUUGCAAAAGUUUCUUGCGACACAGUAGUAGUCUGGGGAUCUUGCAGUGAAAUUGUCUUGAGCUCUUGCAAAAGAUUCUUGGACUUAUGCCAAAAGUUAAGCAUCAAGUGAAAAAAUUCCUUCAUUACAUUAAAAAAUGGUUCUUGUAAAAGUUUCCCAUAAAAAUACUUUGGAUCUUUGCAAAAAAAAGUAUUUUUGUUAAUGCAAGAAUGAAGACUGAAGAGUGCUUUCUUUAUGCCAAAUGGGAAGUUUUGAAAGUUUAAGGAAUUAUAAUAAUUUCCAUCAUUUUUUGAGCUCCAUGUUGCAGAUGUUAUAGUUCUCUCCUCCUCACGCUCACUCUGUUCUCUUCUGCUGCGUCUCUGACAGAAAAAAUCUUCACCUGUGUUUGCUGCUUCAUCGUUUUUAAUGCCAUGGACCUGCUCGGCCGCAGCGCCCCGUCUUUUGUCCAGUGGGUGAGUGUUUUUCUUUGUUUGAGGAACUUUUAUUCAUCUUGUGAAUUAGUCCUAACCAGCUCUGUUGAUGUUUUUGUGUUCAGCCUUCGGAGAGGAGCCUUCUGUUUCCUGUUGCGGUGCUGCUCCGGCUGAUCUUCAUCCCUCUGCUCAUGUUUUGUAACGUCCAGAACUCCAAACUCCCCGUCUUCUUCAGUCAUGAUUGUGCCUUCGUCAUUAUCAUGGCUAUGUUCUCAUUCUCUAAUGGAUACUUGGCGAGCCUCUGCAUGGCCUACGCUCCACAGUAAGUCCCUACCACACAGUCAACCAUUUCAAAUUUUUAGGACUUUAUGGAAAUAUCUUCUGGUCGUCAGUGUGCAGAUCUGUGUUUUUUCUGUGUAAUCAUGUUGUAACUGAGUGUUUCUCUCUGCCAGGUUUGUAAAGAAUGCAGACCGCGAGACAGCCGGCUCUCUCAUGACCUUCUUCCUGGUUCUGGGUCUGGCGGUGGGAGCCUCCUUCUCUUUCUUACUAGGACGUCUGGUUUGACUGAGUGGAAUAGACAAGUAAACCAUGUGAGACUUUGUAGAACUAACUGCGAACCAUGAAAGAUAAAUUAAUUUUUUAAGGUAUUGGAGUGAGGAUACAAAGCAGCUUUAAAAACAAACGUUUCAGGGCACCACUGGCCUGGCAGUCCAGUCACACCCCACCUACAGAGGUUACACUUAAGCUUAAAGCUCAGGCUCAUUUCCAUCUGAUUUUCUAUACUUUCAAAUUAAGACACAAAAAGCCUGAUAAGAAAUUCAAUGAGAAGUUUACUCAACUAAAAGAGUAAAAAAACAAACAAACAAACGAACGAAUGUCCACACACAGUGAGACAGUCUGAAAGUGUAGUUAAGACAGGGAACAGCAAGAAGAGUAAUAGAAAGUAGCACGAUGUUGAUGCAUCACUGAAUCAGCUGUGUUCUAAUUCAUUUGAAGGCCUUAUGUAUCACAGCAGUACGUUGAAAGGCUCAACCAAAUACUGGUGAAUGUGUCCUACUUUACCUGGCCCAUAAAGGCUGCAUCAAGUCCCACAUGUCCUGUGGUCCUUGGCAUGCCAGCACUAUCAAGAUUGUAGACUUUCAAACUGCUGAAUGAUGUGCUGUUGAAUAAAAGUUUAUAAUAAGUUUGAACUGAGAAUUGAGCUGUGAAAAUACUGAAAGAGAUAGAAGCAUUAAAAUAUAAAGUCAUCCUUGUUAGUGAUAACGCAAGCUGGUUAACCAAGUCGCCACUUGGUGCUUGAUGCACGAAUUCAACAGAUUAAAUAAACUGUGUAUAUUUUGUGUUAAUUAUAAUUUUUUUAAGUUUGUUUGAUGUAAUUUAUUUUUUAUGCAGUUAACAUUUGUACAGCAUUUUUAAAAAAGCAUUUUUUUAUAUUUUGGUAAUAUUUGUCCUGCAUGUCUGACUGUUGUGUUUGUUCUUCAUAUUUUUCUGAUAUUAUAAAAAUUGUAAACUGUCUACAGAUUUUUAACCACUCACCAUGAAGCUAGUGAAGGGAGUAGGGCAUUGAAUGCAGCACAAAUAAACAUUAAAAAUCAAACAUGUUUCCUUUUUAUUCUGUUUCCUGGGUGUUGUUUUAUUCCAGGUUUAUAAUUUGAUUAAAACUUUGUUGUUGUUGUUGUGAAAGUU